CACUGAGUCACUUCGGUGUUCUUUGCUUUGUUAUGUAUCACGCGAGAGUGGGAGGCAUUGUGCUUGAUCGGAAGAAAAUUAAGGAAGGACGUAAACCUCCGUUAUAAAGGAUAUCGCAUGAUGCCAUGUGGUAAGAUUUUAGCGUUCGAAAAUUUCGAAAAUAAUACUUUUAUUGUUUGAUUGACAUGUCUGAUUAUUUGCUUUUUAGUGGCUGACGGGUAUUUACAUUUCGAUUUAAAUGUUUGAUAGUCAAAAUCCAGUCUUCGAUUGAAUCAGUAACGAAUUACCUGAAACUGAUCUUUAUAAGGUCUUGUGUUAUUGUAAUAAGGGUCAUAUACAGCACCACACUUUUUGCUGUGAAGAUCGUUGUCAAGAACGCAUAGUCGUUGAGUAAAUUGGAAUGGAGAUAAAUGCAUGUCUAAUCAAAUAAUCAAGCUAGAACGAGGCUUUUGUAGUACUUAGAACGUCAGUCGGCGCAUUUCCCAAGUUGUUUCAUGUUGUUCUACAGCGGUAAUCGCUUUAUGUAACUUAUAGUGGCACGCGGUUUACAGGCCUAUAAACUUUCCUCAGUCGUCCGUCGGUCAUUCCGUCACACUGGCACUGCACAGCAAUUUAUUUUUGACAUCUUCCGUAAUUUGGUUAUUGUGUUGAUGUGUACUAAAACCAUUUAAAUUGUUCAAGUUUGCUCCGCUUUACGUAACUGAUUUCAGUAGCUCACAAAAAUCUACCACAAGGUUGUUCCAUUCACACGUCAUUGUGACACGUACAAGUAAACGAUCGAAAACCUCUGAUAAGUCUCCAGAAUAGAUGGACUCGCACGAUGAGCUAGCGAUGGACAAGUAUGGUUCUUUAAAUGUAUGAACUUGUUUGCGUUUACACACCAAAAGACUCAGAACAUAUCCUGACGAAAUAAAUCUCACUCUCUCUUAUAACAGCACAUUGAACGAAUUGCAAAGCUGUGGCAGAUCACUUAUGAAACAAAUAAACUGUGAUUAUUUAAAGCGUUAAAUAUUACAGGAGUUUCUGGUCUGAAGAUUAAAGAAUUCUAAGUGAACGCAAUCAUUGGUGUAAAUAUUGGAGCGCUGUCGCAUUCAAACUGUUAUACGUACAAAAUAUGAAAUGUUUUUCAUGCGCGUGAACUGCGGCAUGAUUUUUGGUCAAUAGAUAUUGUAACGACUGUUGUAAUUGAAUUUUAAAUUUAUGACAAUUUUUAAAUUGUUCUCAAAAUUACAAAUACAACGUAGAGAAAAUUGUUUUAGUAAUAGCCAUUGAAAGCGUAAAAAAAAUUAUAACAUUUUGCUAUCUCCCCUCACUCUAACCCAGGAAAACCGGCACACUGAAUACCACUUUAGCAAAACCUAAGGAUGGGAGCAGCAUGUACAAAAUCGCUAAAACAGAUUACAGGCAGACACGGUUCAGGAACCAUAACCAGGUGAGUUUAAUUACUGAGCGCCAAAUUUUGAAAACCUCUUUUUUUACAGUCACCGGUAAAACUAAAAUGACUUGGUUUGUAUGGUUGGUUUGAAUUCAAAGUGUAAUCAUUCAAAGCUCACAAGACACUAUAUUUUGCUGUAGAAUUUGUUUUCAGAGUUUUAGUUUCUUUACAAAAUAUUCGGCUUGUCAUUUCCUCUUAACGAAUUUUUAACUGAAGUUCCAAGACUCGAUCAUCGAACCCAGCUGCCCUAUAUACAAAGGUAAUUGGUAAGAUUCUCCCGCAGGGUAGAACGACUAUUUCUCUUAGUCUUCGGUUUUGUUUCUCUGCCUUCAAAAUGGUUUUGAACAGUGUAUGCUUUAGGUCAAGGAGAACACAGCCAUCCAGAGAGUAAAAACAAAAAACAAAGAAACAAAAAAAGGGACCAGCAAAAACGCAGUGGUCCACACUACUUAUCUGUGUAACCGUUUCUGAUUUUAAAGCAGUUAGUGGAUAGAUCAAUAUUCAACAUUCUUUUAAUUUGUUAACUUCUUUACAUGAUCAGGUUUAAUUUCCUUCUUCUGGUUCUGAAACGUCAAUAUAAGAGUUCUAUUAAAUGGAUCUGGAGUUCUAUGUUGACUGCAGUAUAUCUAGCUGUUUAGCGCCCAGUAAUAGUGUUUUCUCGCCAACAGAACAGAUGACUCUGCCAUCUCCAGGCCCCUUGAGCGAUCCUUUUUGUCACCAGGCUCUGUUCUAUUUGACGAGCAUUCUGGCCGGGAAUCUACACUUUCCUCGGCAGCUUCCAGAACAAGUUUAAGACAGUUCCCAGAACUCGCCGAGAGGUACAAGAAAGUCAUGUGCGGAGACCUGGAGCAGAGUUUGACUGCUAAGGCCAAGAUAAUUCGCGUGUUCACCAGCUCUACAUUUACAGGUAUAAAAGACAACAGCGGUUUGCUAGCGUAUCGUAAGUAAGAGGAUUCAGACUGUCGGGAGAUGGGUUUUUCGUCUGUCCCGCAAGCUCAGAUAAGCUGGCAAUUCCCUUACAUUCUCUAAAUUUUUCUCCUUAGAUAUGGCUGCUGAGAGAAACGCCUUGAUGGAAAGGAUCUACCCACGGCUAAAGACAUUUGCACAAGAGAAAGGAUACGAAUUUCAGGUAAGCUUGUUAAACAGCCCUUUCAUUUGAGCCAAAUACAGUUAACUGUAAAACAACAUCUAAGAAUUGUUUUCUCAAACAGACAGUUAACCUGGCUUUAGCAACCACCGUCACAAAGGACGUCACAUUGACGAGGCUCCACUUGUGAGAUAACUCUAUUAUUAACCCACCUCAAACCGUUCUGAGUAUUUGAGUAAUUACAUAAUCACCGAUUACUCUGAACUCAGUUAUUCCACAAUGUUCACUUUUCAGGUGGUUGAUAUGCGCUGGGGUGUGCGAGAUGAAUCCACCGAUGACCACUCAACAUUGGAGCUCUGUUUAAAGGAACUCAAAGCCUGCCAAGAACUUUCAAAUGGCCCUAAUUUCAUGGUAAUACUCCUUGUAUUAUAUUCUUGGUUCUGUGUGAGGGAUUUUGGCUUAACAGGCGGAGUCAGUUUAUUAACAUAUGAUUCUAUUCAACUCUUGCAGACAUUUCUUGGACAGAAGUACGGGUUUCGUCCUCUUCCUUCCAAGAUCGCUUCGGCUGAGUUUGAAGAAAUUUUCAGUAAUAUAACAGACCAGGACGAAAAGACCCUGUUACGAACAUGGUAUAAAUGUGAUCUAAACGAAAUACCUGCUACCUAUGUAUUGCAGCCUGUCAGUUUCCGUAUUCCAGACUACCUCUGUCAUGACGUCGGGAAACGACAACUUGCACUUGAGGAAUGGCAUGGAAUAUUUAGGCAGAUUCAACAUAUUCUCAGGCGAGAGGCUAAAAACCUGUUUGGAGAAGACGAAGAAAAAGUGCACAAGUACUUUAUGUCAGGUACUCACUAUCAGUUAACUGACCUGAGAAAACAAGCACUUCUUUGACAGACAAGACCAUACCAGAGACGGUCACCUGAAAAUUUUUAUUUUUAUUCAAAACAUGUUGUCGUUUCUGAUUGGCUCAAAUCCCCCAGCUUACUCUUCUUAACCAGCAGGCGCUGACCAAAUUUUGAAGAUGCAAGCGAUAUUACAUAUACCAUCAAUUCGAUGGUAUAAUUGCGUUGAAACGAGCCUGCUUGUGCAAUAGGGAACUGAAAAAAAAAAUGACGUUCACGGCUAUCCGAAGACGAAAUAGCCGACUAAAACUGAACGGAAGAAAUGCAGAAAUACGCAAAACAUAUUGCUCCAUGGAUGUUAUCUACUUCUUGAGGACUACCUGCUAG